AUGGCGAGCUCGUCGUUACCGACGACGAAGGUCGUUUCGGGUCACAGUGGAUUUCACGCGUACUCUCCCAUUAGCACAUUAGAGCGCCAGUACGCGGGCUCCCCACGCGUCUUUUUAUUUGUCAAAAUCAAUGCCAACUGCUGUUUUCCGGGAGGUGUCGAGGCCAUCCUCAAGGUCAAGAACAACGCUCUCUCCACUCUCUCGACGCAACGAGAUGGAUCCUACGAAGAAAACUCCCGAGAAAGAACAGGCAGUGACUAUAGUGAUCCCAAUGCGAACUGGGACCCUUUUUCGUUCCUGAGCGAUCAUUCGGAAGACGCUUCUGCGAACGGCUCCGCCCUUGCCGAUGGCAGCACAGCAGCUAAUAAAAAAGGUCCCAACCUCGGAAGAUUCCUGAAAAAAGUGGCGAAAUCUACCACGCAAUCACUUGAACGAGGAUUUCACAAUAUUGCUAUCCGAGCGGACCAAGGAAGGAAUGCAGACCUAAUGGUGUUGGGUCUUUACGAUGAGCAGGACGGACUGCUCCACAUGACGGAAUCGCAACCGCUACCCGAUGACCACGCCCGUCUUUCGGGCGUCCGCUUUCUUGUUCCUCUCAUUCUUCCUGCACAUGUUGAUGGAAAUAAUCGUGUCGUGAUCAAGCUGUGGAUCCGGAGUGGGGCCGCCUUUUUGCAAGGAACAAAGUCAGCGAGGAGCUACCUUAUCGGUUCGGUACAUUUGUCAGCGGCAAGGCUUCGAUCUAUUGGCACGUCAGGCGCCUUUCUUGAUUGUAAUGUCCAGUCUACAUUGGUUGCAGACGGUCAGUUGAAUAUUUGUGUUGUCCCGGACCUCAAGUUUUCACCCUUGGGCGGCCGCGGGUGGUCAUUGGCGGACCCUGAUGCAAAUACCGCCUACCAGAGCCACAGCAGCUUGUUUAAUUUGCCCCUCGACAUGUCUUACGGUUUCACUUUCCCGCCCCGUCCCCACGCAUGUUUGGUCGCUAGCGAACGCGCUGUUGAGUCGACUGUGGUUUUGCCCAUUGCGGCAGCCUUCGCGACAUUGGCGUCCCAAGCGGCACAAGUUUCCCUCCAUCACGCCGUGACGGUUCGCGAUCGCGUCUUUUACAUUCGUCACGACAGUGCCGUUGGGGAAUAUGCCGACGUAAAUGUUGGAAUCGGCGUGCUGCAGACGGAUCCGGAAAUGUUAGCCCACACAACACCGUUCGUGUCGGCGUCGUGGCAGCGGGCGGACUCUAUUUUUGAUGUGGAACUCUUGCAUCCGACCAAAGUGCCAACAGCUUCGUCGCAGCCCACCGAUUUUCGGCCCGCCAUCGCGUUUCGAUUUUUCCCCAAACCAAGUCGGACACGCAUUUUACCGGCUUUGCUGCACGCCAACGGUGGACGCUUACCAAACUGCGGCUUCAUGCUCGGAUCCUUGAGACUGCUGAUUGUCAUUCCCAAGCCCAGAUCCACGAAUGGUACAAUCCCCGAAAAUUCCUAUGGAGGACCUGCUUCGUCUUUGGCACCACCCGAUCAGGAAGUUUGGGAGUGCAUGAUUUCGCUUGAUUCACAUGUUUUGCAAGCCUCUGGUGGCAAUUCAGUCUCUCUGUAUCCGGUUCAUCAUGUUCCCUCACGUCGAGUCAUGGGAACGAUUUGCCUUUCUUUGUCACUUCAAAUGCAACAGGGUCCUACCGUUCCUACUGAAGCUAUCCCAGCGCGUGGUGGACUCGUUUCGUUGGUCGGCAUGGAUGCCAUGAUGGAUCAUGUGUCACCUUCGUUGGACUUUGAUCCGCAACCAACUAGCCUGGAGCCCGCUUUCCAGCGCCGAGAGCAACAACUCGCCACAAUGGGCGUUUUUGCAACACACGCGUACGUGGAUCAACACGUGAAGAAUACGCGAUCAACAGAUGUUUUGAUUAUCCAAGAAAGGGCCAAUCAAUAUCAGGCCGCCUUGACGAUGAAGCGCAGCGGCAAAAAGCCUCCCACCCACGAGGAUCGUUCACCUAAGCCAUUUAGGCCUUCAUCAAGUCGACCCGAGAUUUUGCUGAGUGGCAUUCCGUUCAAUUGUCAUACUGCCACGUUGGCACUGAACUUGACCGAUCCCGAGCAACCCCGUGAUAGCAACAUGACCGGAGCCCUGUUUUACGAUGUAACAUGUGGCGCGCCGGCGGACCAUGCUCGUGGAUUUGGUAACGUGUUUCCGUCCAAGAAGGAUACUACCACCUUCGUCAACACUGGUCUCACCUCGCCGAUUGGAAUAGUUACCGGUGGAUUGCGUCGGAUCGAGUCGCGCCGACAGGAACUCGCUAAGCUUGUGUACGAUUUGCAAACAACGUUAACCAUGAAUGUUCAAAAUUACUUUGGAAAGGAACGUCAACAAAAGAAUUUUGUGAAUCACGUGACCUCAUCGUGUUCGGAGCUGCAGGAUUUGAGGUGGCAAUUGUUCGAAGCAAUUCAAGCAUUGCAUCACGUUACUUGGCACUGUGCCGUACGUCGGGCCAGCGUAUUUCCGCAAGCCCUCGGUUUGGCGGUCACAUCCUACAUGGCCUCCUUAAGCGACUCCAACAAGUACCAGUCGACGUGGCCAGAUGCUUGGGCGCAACAUGGAUAUCUUGUAUCCUUCGAAGGUCUUCUCAGUGCCGCAGGAAAGGAGCUUGGUAUGAUUGAAGACGCUUCGGUUGGAAUAGGUAUGUUGAAUCGCGUCCAGAUCCAGAUCCAAUCCGACGACGGCUCUUCGAACAAAGACCGAACUCCAGUUCCACACUCGCCGUAUUUGAAAUGGUUGACAUUUUCAGCUAUAGGCGAUGGUGCAAGGACCGAAUAUGUGUUGAAACUUGGCGUUUUGCCUUCUUACUUCAACGAGCGCAUCCCGAAUUCGCUCAAAGGAGGGACGAUGGUUCGGCUCUAUCCACUUUUGUUCGAAGUCGGUGUUGAUAUUCGCCAGUGGGGAGCAAACACGGGUUCGAGCGUCAAAAGUCAAAUCAGUAGUCGUUCUACAAAUUCGACUUUUGCGCCAGAAGAAAUGACAAAGGAGCCUACCGGAGGCCUAUUGGACGAAGAAGACGAUGAUGUUGGUGUUUCCGACGACGAUGUGCUGGUGCAACUGAACUACGAAGCUUUUCAAAAGAUGAAUACGUAUGCCUUUUCCAUAUUUCCAGUUAGUGCCGAGCAAGGGGGACAACCACGCACCCACCCUCAACUGGAAACGUUAUACCAGCACAUUGUGAGCUCAGCCGGUAAGAUGAACCACGAUAUCUUGGAUGAAGCAGCGUCUUUGUCGAAGCAGUUAGGCGGGGGUGGUGUGGUCUUUUGCAAAUCGGGUAAGGAUCGUACGGCUAUGCAUAUCACAUACAAGCAAGCGCAGUUUGCGUGCCAAUUUCGUCAGCGACAUCCGCUUCCCGAUCAAAACGCUUCGCUCCCAGAUACAACGUUGGCGGACGCCAUGAUGAUGCGCGUUUACGGAACACGCUUGCCAAUUUGUGAAAAGAAUGUGGGCCAAUCCAAGUAUGCCUUUAACAGCUUGCAAGUGAAGUUUAUGCCGGAUGCCCUCAAGCCUCCCAUGAACACACUUGCUGGUUUUCUCAAGGGCGGCAAAGUCUUUGCUGGUGGUGGAAUUGAGAGCUAGAAUGAGUUUGUGCAUAAUCGGCUCAAAAAAUGUUUGAUGGACCAAAAUUGAAUACUGCUUCCCUUCUAGUCCUAAUACAGGCCCUUGUUUUGAACUUGACUGUACUUUUCACUCUUGUGUUGCGUUACAGUGGGAACAACGAAAGGGGAGCAGCUGAUCCAUACUGCCUUAGGAUUUUGAGGAUUGAAUGGUAUAUGGCAGUCUUCCAUGCAUUGGGUAACCAGGCUUGUCUUCCUCUGUUCUAGAGUCUAUUCUACUUUACGCAUCAAUUGAGGAGCUACUUCUCUAUUGAGGUGCACUUUCAACCAAAGUAAACACAACAAAGCUGUCAUAAUCAACGCUUGCCGUUAUUUUCAU